GGGGACAAACAGUGACGAAUUAGGAGGCGGCAUCUCACUACUUACACAUUAUGUCACCUUCCUUCAAACAGCUGCCCUCGCUGUCAUUAGAGAAUGCUGCAGUUACGCUAGGUAAAGCGCCAUAAUUGAUUCAAACAUGUCUCGGACGACGACAACGCGGAAAUAUGGAAAGAGUAGCCGGAAGGAGAGGGCCGAUGAGCUGUUUGCCCAGCUGCCCGGAACUCCGAUCAAGAUGACGACAGAAUCGCCGCCGGAGGGGACCUCGCGGGCCACACGUCACGGGGGUGUUAUGCAUACACGGCCUGAUGUUGAUGUUGACGUGCAAGAUCCCGUCUGCAAACUGUCGGAACAACUGCAAGCGACUAGACUUGACACGAUCGCUCCCCCAGCAGAAGAACGAAAUCGCAGUAUGUCUUCAAGGAUCUUGACAGAAGCCAUGCGCGACAACGGACUCGGGGAGCAAUCGGAAAUUGUCGAGCAGCGCAGUUUCCGCGGCGAGGACGAAGAGGACAAGGAGUCCUGCCAUGACGUCGUGCUCGUCUGGGACGACGUCUGCCCCGCCGCGAACGGCAUAGAGAAGAUUGCGGAAGCCUCUUACGCGGAGGUCUAUCGCGUCAGCAACGAGCACGGGACGUCCGUCAUCAAGGUCAUCCGGCUCGAAUCGCCCAUCCGGCCGCAGACCAAGGCACAGCAACGCUCCGGCCUGGUCGACGAGGAGCCCCACUCGGAGGAGGACAUGCGAGGCGAGCUCAGCAUCUCCGAGUGGCUUUCCGAUAUACCCGGCUUCGUCGUCUACAAGGAGCGGUAUGUGGUCAAGGGCAAGGCACCAAAGGCCCUCCUCGAGACGCACCAGGCCUUCCACCGCCGCAUGAAGCGCAAAGACCCGGACCGGCUGCAGUUCUAUCCCUCGCCGAGCCGAUACCUGGACGAGACGCGCUUUCUAGUUGUCGAGCUGGGCGAUGCCGGAACGGCACUGGAAGACUUCGAGGUGACCUCCAUCAGCCAGGUCUGGGAUGUCUUCCUCCACACGGCACUAGCCUUGGCGCGGGCCGAAGCUCUUAUCGAAUUCGAGCAUCGCGACCUCCACGAAGGCAACAUCUGCAUCCGCCAAGUCCGUCCGGCCACCAGCAAGCGCCCCCCCUCCAGCCCGAUUCAAUUCGGCUUCUCCGGCCUCGACAUCACCAUUUUAGACUACGGCCUUUCGCGCGCCACAGACCCGAACCCCGCCCGGAAAGCAUCCGAAGCGCCAGAAGUAGUAGCCUACGACCUCGAGAAGGACCUUACGCUCUUCCAGUCCACCCACGCACCGCAGUGCCGCGUCUACAGGCAGAUGCGUUCCUACCUCAUCCACGAAGACAGGGUAUAUCUCCCGCCGAACAAGCACGUCGCGCCCUACCCGACAUCCAAGACCACGGGCGAGCCCAUCUCCUGGAGGGGAUACUACCCGUACACCAACGUGCUGUGGCUGGCGUAUCUCUACGGGUAUCUAGUCUCGCAUUUCAGGGGCGAUAAGAAGGAGCUCGCGAGCUUUAAGAAGGAGACGGCGGAGCUGAGGAUACAUCUCGAUCCUGGCGCACCGAGGGACGUGCUAUCGUUCCCCAGCGCGGGGGACGUGGUGAGAUUUGCUGUGGAGGCGGGUUGGGUUGGGGUAGGACAGCUGGUGGACGUUUGGGGGGAAGAAGGGAGUCCGCUGGAAGAGGCUGGGAAUGAGUAACGCAGAGACUGGAAGGAAGCCCGCCCGAGUGAGGAGAGAGAGAUUGCAAGGAUGGGCGAGGAAGAUUCGACCACAUUGGGAAGGGGGUCACGGAAA